AUGAUUGUGCUCGAACCGUACUCACCCGAGCUCCUAUGGAUAUUAAUUGUUGGUUUCAUUAUUGCAUUUGUAUUAGCUUUUGGUAUUGGUGCUAAUGAUGUUGCCAAUUCAUUUGGUACAAGUGUUGGAAGUAAAGUAUUAACAUUGAGGCAAGCAUGUAUUCUGGCAACAAUAUUUGAAAUACUUGGAUCGAUAUUAAUUGGAGCGAAAGUAUCAGAUACGAUACGGAAAGGUAUUAUUGAUCCAGCUUUAUUCGAAAAUCCAAAAGAAUUAAUGCUUGGUCAAAUUUCAUCGUUACUUGGUUGUUGUAUUUGGUUAUUGGUUGCUACAUUUUUUAAUUUACCUGUUUCUGGUACACAUAGUAUUGUCGGUGCAACAGUUGGUUUUGCUCUUGUUGCUCAUGGUUCACGAGGUAUACAAUGGAUUGAAUUUGCUAAAAUUGGUGCUUCAUGGUUUGCUUCACCAGCAUUAGCUGGUUUUAUAUCAGUUGUUGUUUUUAUGCUUAUACGAAAAUUUAUUCUUGAACGACCUGAUCAAUUAACAGUUGGUCUUCGAUGGUUACCAGUUUUUUAUGGUAUAACAAUAAUGAUCAAUGUCUUUUCAAUUCUUCUCUCUGCACCACCACUUUUAUAUUUUGAUCGUAUUCCAUUAUGGGGAAAAUUUGUUACAACAAUUCUUGUUGGUCUUCUUGUUGGUCUUGGUGUUAUGAUUUUUGUUAAACCACGUAUGAGAAGAACUAUUGAAGCUUUGUUAAAAAAGAAACACGAUUUCGAUGCUCGAGGAGAAAGAGACGAAUCCGACAUAACAAAAAGUGAUGGUAAUUCAAAAAAGAGACGAGAUUCAGAAACUCAAGAAGGAGACGAACCAAAAUUAACAAAGACUGAUGGAAGAUUUGCAACUUAUUCUGUUACUCUUGAAAAUGUGAAUACAAGUGAUAAAGAAACUCAAAUUGAUCAUAUAUCAAUGCUUAAAGAAUAUGAUUUAAUACGUUAUCAACAACAACAUCCAGAUCAAUUUCGUCCUUAUGUUGAAAUGCAACGAAUAAGAAAAGACUCUGAAUCAGUCUCAAGUCCAGGUGUUAGUGGUGUAUUACGUGUGCGUCGGGACGGUGAUCGUUUUCGUAGUGAAGGUCUUGGAGCAGACGGCAUAAACCCUGCUGCACAACAACGACCGGUGCCUAAUCCACCGCCUAUUCGUGAAAAAACAAAAAUCUAUCGUCUUCCACAAAGUACAAAUCCAGCUGCUCUACCAGGCGUGAUGUCUAAUGAAAAUAAAAGUUUGUUGUUAGCUGCUGAUGAGGAUAAUCUAUCGACAACAUCAGCUAAUCAAAAUAGUUCAACUGAAGAUAUCGAGGAAGUAGAAGAUAAAAUGCCGGAAAUGCCAAAAAAAAAAAAAAGAGUUGAUACUACUAAUGAUUCAAUUGAAAUUGCUGGUAUUUUUAAAUAUUUACAAAUUCUUACAGCUAUAUUUGGUGCUUUUGCUCAUGGUGGAAAUGAUGUUAGUAAUGCAAUUGGUCCAUUGAUUGGUCUUUGGUUAAUUUAUGUUGAUGGUUCUGUAACUGCUCGAUCAUCAACACCACUUUGGGUACUUUUCUAUGGUGGUCUUGGAAUAUCAGUUGGUCUUUGGGUUUGGGGUCGUCGUGUUAUUCGUACGAUUGGUGAAGAUUUAACAAAAAUUACACCAUCAAGUGGUUUUGUAAUUGAAGUAUCAACGGCAUUUACCGUUCUUUUUGCAUCUAAUUUAUCGAUUCCAGUUAGUACGACUCAUUGUAAAGUUGGUAGUGUUGUGGCAAUUGGUCGUUUUCGUUCAAAACAAAAUGUUGAUUGGUCAUUAUUUCGAAAUAUAAUUGUUGCUUGGGUUGUGACUGUUCCUGUCACUGGUGGUAUAGCUGCUGGUGUUAUGGCUCUUCUUCGUCUUAUCUUUCUAUAA